GAUUGCCCCUUGCCGUCGCUUUGUAACGAAGAGACCAGUAUGAUUGCGUGCUUGGUGCUUCGUGCUGCAGCAGGGCCCUUCAAGUAGGUUGCCUACGCCCCUGCCACCACUGUUGCCACCCCCAAACCAUUUCGAGUGUGUGUGGUAGAAGAGUGUGGCACCGUGGCCCAUCCGCAGCAGUUGCGAUUUGAAAGCGGAACUAUUCAGAGGCAUCAUCACUGUGGUAGAUACAGACUAGGCGAAAGGUGUACGUUCUGCGCAACAAACAGUGUGAUUGUUCUUUAGAGUUUCGAUCAAGGACCCAGAGCGUGCUUCGAUCAUAACUGUGGCUCGGUUUUGAAAAACAAACGGAUACGCCAACCCGAGACGAGUGGCGACAACUAACAACACAACGGUGACCCCAAAUGGAAUGAAAUGGUUAAGAUGUUCGCAAUGUGAUAAGUGCACCGUUCGAUAAGUGUAUUCGAUACGUGCGAGAACACACGGAGCGCGUAGGUCGGUCGUAUCGAGUGGUUCAGUGAAAACGAACUCUUCAACAAACUCUCCAUCUUGGCACUAAUCAAGUCAACCUGCAAAGACCGGGAACAUAGACGGUAUUCGAAGAUCGUUUACAUCCUUUUUAAAAGACACUUUCGGCACGAGCGCGGCCAUUCGGUGCUGUGACAGUCAACCGGAUCGACGACGAAAUGCUGCUGAUCGACUGCUUCCGCCGGCCCUCGCAUGAGCUGCAGUCGCGCAAGAAGCAAUCCUCGAAGGAGAUCGUCCAGCGAUGUCCCUCGAUUCGUGAUCCGGUGAAGAUACUGCUGCUCGGUGCGGGCGAAUCGGGCAAAACCACCAUCAUCAAGCAGAUGCGCAUUCUGCACGUCCAGAAUAGCUACAGCUUUGAUGAACGGUUAGAGAAGCUGGCGGAUAUCUACGAGAACAUCCACGAGUCGAUCUACGAGCUGGUACGGGAAGCGAUCCUUCUCGAUCUCGAGUUUGACUCGGCCACCAAUCAAAGAUGUGCGGAGUACAUCCUGAGGCUGGGCCGUCAGCCACCGUGGACACUAUCGAUAGAGUAUGUGCAGUGUGUACGGCUGCUCUGGGCAGAUUCGGGCAUUAGACGGUGCUACAAGCGCGCCAACGAGUUCCAGCUCAUCGAUAGUGCCAAGUACUUUCUGGAUCGCGUAGAAAAGAUCUCAAUGCCCGGCUACAUUCCCUCGAACGGUGACAUACUGAACUGCCGGAAGACGACGACCGGUAUCGAGGAGACGCGCUUCAACGUCCGCAUGCCGGCGUCGGUCGGUGGAGGUUUCCAGGAGUUUCGAAUGUUCGAUGUCGGUGGCCAGCGGCACCAUCGGAGCAAGUGGAUGCAAGCUUUCGAGGGUGUGCACGCCGUCCUGUUUCUCAUUUCGUGCGGUGGUUUCGAUCAAACGUUACGUGAAGAUCCGAAGCAGAACCGACUGGUCGAGGGUUUCGAGCUGUUCCGCGGUGUGUGGCACAAUCGGUUUCUGGCCGAAACUGGCGUGAUCGUGUUCCUGAACAAGCAGGAUGUGCUCGAGCAGAAGCUGGUGGCGGGCAAGUCGAUUAGGACGUACUUCCCCGAGUACGACGAUUACGUGGCAUUCGCCGAUAAGGAUCAGCUGUACGAUGAGCUGGCACGGACGCGAUCGUUUAUACGCUCGAAGAUGGUGGACAUUACGAAUGAGCCUCCACGAAGAACGUCGCAUCUGAUCGGACGGAAACGGAGCUGCUAUUUCCACUUUACCAUCGCCACCGACACGCAGAAUGUUCGAACCGUGUUCAACGAUGUGCAGAACAUUGUUUUAGCGAAAAAUCUCUCCAACAUCAGUGUACUUUAACAGACGGGCAGACACGUGGCGUAGCGCAUAAAUCGAACCGAUGAACCGAUGUCGACUGCCAGUUCUGCUUCCUUCCGUUGCUCCGUUUUGUGUUUUUAGUGCAAAUCUCAGAAAUAACUCCGCCAAAUGAGCCACAAACCAGACGAGGUAAUAAAUUUAUUGCAAAGCAAUUCUGUAACUGUUGCUCGGGUACUUAACGAUAGCGUAGGAAAAUAAUUAUCAAGAUGAGGAAGAUAACAAAUAUAAAUUAUUUAUUGCACACAA